AUGACGAAGCUGCUGCAGUGGUUCUGGACGCUGGCCCUUCUGGGUGCCGCAUGGGCAACCCUAACCUUAAACCUUUUGGGAUUCAACCCGCUGCCCCCGCCCUUGUACCAGGUGCUGUGGCCGCUGCCCACCUAUCUGCUGGUGAUGUUUGGCUGCUACUCGCUGGGUGUCGUCGGGUAUCGCUUGGCAACAUUCAACGACUGCGAGGAGGCUGCGCGGGAGCUGCGGGCGCAGAUCCGAGAGGCCCGGGAUGACCUAGCCCGUCAUGGCAUGAAGUUUUGA